AUGUUUUUUGAGCUUCCAUAUUGGUCAAAACUAACAUUGAGGCACAAUCUCGACGUUAUGCAUGUUGAGAAAAAUGUCUUUGACACAUUGAUGGGCACGAUUCUAGAUAUCGAGGGGAAGAAAAAAGACACGAUCAAAGCUCGUCUGGAUUUGGAAAAAAUGGGCAUACGAAGGGGUUUAUGGAUGAAAAUGGACAGUCAUAAAGCUAGAAGGGAUCUUGCAUUUUUUUCCAUAAAACUGAAUGACAAAAAAGAGUUUCUCAAGUUUGUAUCGACUGUAAAAUUUCCUAACGGGUAUGCUUCUAAUAUCGCACGUUGCGUGAAUGUUGAUGGGGGUAAAUUUACUGGACUAAAGAGCCAUGACUGCCAUGUCUUUAUGCAACGCCUCCUUCCUGUGGGGAUUCGACACCUAUUGCGGGAAGAUGUAGUCAAGCCAAUCCUAUUGUUAUCCAUAUUUUUUUCCCAACUGUUGGCAAAAACGUUGCGAAGGACAGACGUUAAUCAGUUGCGCCAUGACAUUGUCCAAGUCCUAUGCAAGUUUGAGAUGAUAUUCCCUCCAGCUUUCUUCACAAGUAUGAUUCACGUGAUGGUUCACUUGCCAGAAGAGGCAUUGCUUGCUGGUUCAGUCAACUACUAUUGGAUGUAUCCAAUAGAAAGGCUUCUCAGAGAGCUGAAAAAAAGCGUAUGCAACAGAGCAAAGCCCGAAGGAUCAAUUAUAGAGGCUUGGGUUCAAUACGAGGCACUUACUUUCUGUGGAAUGUAUUUAAAAGAUGUGGACACGGCUUUCAAUCGUCCUCAGCGCAAUAAUGACGGAGGUGUGAGAAAUGCGAAACUUUCUAUUUUUGCCCAAAGCGCACGACCCUUUGGAGAGCCUGUACGAGGAGAGGCGUUUUCCAAAAAUGACAUGGAGGUGGCCCAUUGGUUCGUACUAAACAAUUGUGAUGAGAUAAUCCUAUAUUUGGAUGAGCAUGAAGAGAUGAUGAAGCGAGAACAUCCAUCACAAUUGUAUUCCAAGAAACACCGUGAAUUUGAAGAGUUAUAUAACUUGGCAUUUGGCCCAAUUAGCGCUGAAUUAUUCUCGGGUUGCAAUGUUAACGGCAUCAAAUUUUUGGGGACUGCAAGAGAUGACAAGUUGUGUACGCAAAACAGCGGUGUCCAUGUCCCAAGUGGAGGUGAAAGUACGGACAUUGAUUUCUAUGGCAAACUCACAACUGUCGUGCAAUUGCUUUACAAGGACCAAUACCAAGUAAUCAUUUUUAAGUGUCGAUGGUUUGAUACAAACCCGAAUAGGCAGGGAAGUGUUAAAAUCGACCAUGGGUUACUAUCUGUGAACAUUAACAGAACUUGGUAUGAUGACGACCCUUACAUUUUGGCAAAAAUGACAAAACAGAUUGUGUAUCUAGAUGACCCUAAAGCCGGACACGGUUGGAAAGUUGUUCAGCAGAUGGAUCAGAGGAAUGUGUAUGCUAUACCAGAACUAGACCCAUCUGACAACGACGUCGACGUUGUUGACCAACGUUUGGAAUCUUCGAUGGAAAAUGUUGCACAAACACUUCUAGAUUCAAAUGUUAUACAAGAACCGUUUCAACUUGAAGGAGUGUCUUCAAGAGAAAUACCGAUUCAGUCAAUUACAAUUGACCUCGGUGAUCUUCCACGAUACGAUCCAACUGUGGGCCCAAACAACGACGAUGAUGUACUUAUGGAGGAUGAAGAGGAUUGGGAGACCGAAAGUGAUGAUAGCGAUGGUAACGAAGAUUAUUAUAGUUCAGAUGAUGAAUAA